AUGCAGUCAUCAGUCAUGACAGAAGGCAGACCGUACGUGACAGGACGCGACCCUGUAGGGUGCUACUCACGUGACAUUAAUUACACAGGAGCGAGUCUGCCUCAGUUGGCCAGUCUCACCAAAGUCUCCUGGCACUGUGAGCAGUUUAUCAAUUUCGAGUGUAAUGUUUCAAUGUUUUUCAUGGGCGGCCCAUGGACUUGGUGGGGGUCACAUGACUCUGCUAAGAUGACUUGCUGGGGUGGAGCAUCUGUUAAUGGUAAGUGCGCAUGCGGGAUGACCAGCUCAUGUGCAUUCUCCAGUCUUAUUUGUAACUGUGAUGUGAAUGACCAAGAUGACGUUAAGACAGCGGUCUCCUGA